AUGCCAUCAAAUAAAUCCCCAGGGCCAGAUGGAUUCCUUUCGGAAUUCUUUAAAACAACAUGGCCGGUGAUAGCUCACAACUUCACCACCGUGGUCCAAUCUGUUUUUCGUCUGGAGUUUCUACCGAAAGGAGUAAACUCAACGAUCCUGGCUUUGGUUCCCAAGAAGUAUGAUGCAAGGGAGAUGAGAGAUUACAGACCCAUUGCGUGCUGCAAUGUGUUGUAUAAGGUUGUGUCGAAGAUUCUUGCAAAUCGUCUGAAGUUAAUCUUACCGAGGAUCAUAGCUGAAAACCAAUCUGCCUUCGUAAAAGGAAGACUGUUGAUGGAAAAUGUCUUGCUAGCUUCAAAAUUAGUGAGGGACUAUCAUAAAGAAUCUGUCUCUCCCCGAUGUGCUAUGAAAAUCGACAUCUCUAAGGCGUUUGACUCGGUCCAGUGGUCAUUCAUUCUAAACGGUUUGCUGGCUAUGGGAUUUCCUGAGAGGUUCAUACAUUGGAUAAAGCUUUGUAUCACCACUCCCUCCUUCUCAGUACAAGUACAAGGCGAGCUUGCGGGUUAUUUCCAGAGCAGUAGGGGCCUGAGACAAGGGAGACUGCAGCUGAUCCAAUCUGUGCUUGUGAGUAUUGUCAACUUCUGGUCCGCGGUCUUUCGACUCCCAAGUCAAUGCAUCAAGGAGAUUGAGCAACUCUGCUCAGCUUUCCUCUGGUCAGGCCCGACACUGAAGACCUCAGGUGCAAAAGUGGCAUGGAAAGAGGCCAGUAAACCAAAAAAUGAGGGAGGAUUGGGGAUUAGAUCUUUAAAAGAAGUCAAUAUGGUAUAUGAGUUGAAACUUAUUUGGAGGAUGCUGGUGGGUGACUCGCUGUGGGGCAAAUGGGUUAAAACGAACCUUCUCAAAAAGAAAAGCUUCUGGGAAGUUAAGGAGAGUACUCAGGUUGGUUCUUGGAUUUUCAGGAAGAUGUUUAAGUUGCGGCCUGUUGCUAAGACAUUCCAUAUGAAAGCAGUGGGAAAUGGGAGACAUACCUCUUUUUGGUAUGACAAGUGGUCUGAGUUGGGAGUUAUGUCUGAUCUUCUUGGAGAUAGAGGUAUUAUUGAUCUGGGUAUCAGGCGAGAAGCCACUGUGGAGGGAGCUCUUCACACUAAUAGAAGGAGGAAACGUCAUAGAAGAGUUUUGUUGAAUGAUAUUGAGAAAGAAUUGGAGGUAAUCAAAGCAAAGCAGAGUGUUGAAGUGAAGGAUGUUGAUCUGUAG